CUCUGUUCCUCCGAGGAAGGUAAGGCCACGUUGGGGUGAGGCCCUCACUUCAUCUGGCGACUAGCACCGCACCCAGUAGCCCUUGCCCAGCCCUCGCCCGCACCAUGGCCUCCGUCUCCAAGCUCGCCUGCAUCUACUCGGCCCUCAUCCUGCACGACGAUGAGGUGACGGUCACAGAGGAUAAGAUCAAUGCCCUCAUUAAAGCAGCUGGUAUAAAUGCUGAACCUUUCUGGGCAGGCUUGUUUGCAAAGGCUCUGGCCAAUGUCAACAUCAGGAGCCUCAUCUGUAAUGUCGGGACUGGUGGACCUGCCCCAGCAGCUGGUGCUGCACCAGCAAGAGGUCCUGCCCUCUUCACCCCUGCUGCCCCAGCUAAAAACGAUAAGGAGACAUCCAUAGGUGAAAGGUGA